AUGGUGGUGACGAUCGGAGGUCAUGCACUUGCCGACACCGCCACUCACUCACUCACUCCGCAUGCAUUUCCCCUCUCCCCCAUUUUCGCAUUGAAGAAGAAGAAGCAGAACGUGCGUGAGUCGAACGAUGACGAACGCGUUCGUCAAGAUGCCACGUUCGUUGAGCGGCCCCCACGACGGAACAUAACUUUCGUUGGCGAAGUUCCACCGACGGUAAUUGAGAAAGCGGCUUCCGGCAGAGGAGACCAACACGAGCGAGGCGAAUACAUUGAGACUCCUCCGACAUCGGAGCUUGCAAUUCCGCCGCUGCAUCUGCCCGCAGGACCAGUUUCCGCUGUCUUCCAGUUAAGCAAUUGCCUUUCGCUAAUGGAUUCAAGUAGAGGAAUUCCAGGGGGAGUGCCCCCGCCACCAGCUAGAGUCGGAGAUGGUCCACCUGCUCCGAACAUGUUCGCCAUGGUCGCAGUUGGUUUAGCGAUAUUGCUUCCAAUGGCGGUUGCAGGUACAAAUUUGGCCAUACUGCAUCAGAUUCCUGAAGGACACGUUGGAGUGUACUGGCGUGGCGGUGCUCUUCUCAAUACAAUUUCAGGGCCUGGGUUUCAUCUGAUGAUUCCCUUUCUUACUCGCGUGGAGCCCAUUCAAGUGACAAUUCAGACGGACCAGGUUAUGAACAUACCUUGCGGUACCAAGGGAGGAGUCAUGCUUGAAUUUGCAAAGAUUGAGGUUGUAAAUAGAUUAAGGAAGAAUUAUGUGUAUGAAACUAUCUUGAACUUCGGCGUCCAUUAUGAUAAAACAUGGAUCUACGACAAGAUUCAUCACGAAAUCAACCAAUUUUGCAGUGGACAUACUUUGCAAGAAGUUUACAUUGACAAGUUUGAUCAGAUUGAUGAGAUGAUGAAAGAGGCGAUCCAGCGAGAUUGCACACAAUAUGCUCCAGGCAUUGAGAUCAUCGGUGUGCGUGUGACCAAACCUACAAUUCCACACUCCAUUGCACGCAACUAUGAAAUUAUGGAGGAGGAGCGCACGAAGGUGCUGAUAGCUGUAGAGAAGCAGAAGGUAGCAGAGAAGGAGGCUGAAACACUGAAGAAAAGAGCAGUGACAGAUGCUGAGAAGGAUGCCAAGGUGAGUGAGAUCCUGAUGAGUCAACGUGUGAGGGAGAAGGAAAGCAUCAAAAGGCAGCAGGAGAUAGAAAAUGAGAUAUUCCUUGCAAGAGAAAAGAGCUUAGCUGACGCUAAUUUUUACAGAGUUAUGAGAGAAGCUGAUGCUAACAAACUGAAGUUAACUCCCGAGUUCCUCGAGUUGAAGUUUAUUGAGGCUGUUGGGAACAACUCUAAGAUGUUUUUUGGGGAAAAGCUGCCCAACAUAGUGCUGGACCAAAGAUUGCUUGGAAAUUAUUUUGGGCCUGAAAAUAAGAAGCAAAUUUCUUAAGAGCUUCUUAGCAGGUCCUAAAGUUUCACAGCAAUAACGGCUUUUAAUUGUCAACUGGAACUUUAAACACAUUUCAAGGAGGAUGCUUUUUGGUCGCGCAGAGUUUUGAGAGGCUUAUCUAUACGACUUGAAGUUCUGCAUUUCAAUAUUUUAGGGGGUUUCACAUCGUUAUCCUUGCAAAGCACUCUUUUUUAGUAGUGCGUCUUGUGUAGAUUUAGCUGUGUGGCUGGCUACACUGGUUUAGUAGUUAGAAUCAACUUGCAUAAGUCUUGGCACAUGAAGAGUUGCAGAUUUCGGUUCUGUUCUUUCUUAGUCCGAAGGAGUAUUGUGGAAGGUGAAGCAGCUGCAGUUCUACUGUAUUCAGGAAUACAAGUUGCUUGUUUCUUAGAGGCUCUCUUGUAGGCAGCUAUGGUAUUGUGUGCAUUGUCAAGACUCCAAUGUCCAGUUUCUUACACAAUCUUACGUCAAACCCACCCUCUUUGUGUCUAAAUUUUCUGAUUAAUGCCAUCAUUGAGAACUUACUGUA